GGACCACCCGCUCGCCUGCUGAAGUCACUAGCAGGCAGACACAGUCUGGCGAGCCUCUCACGCGGAUACAGGGCAAACGAACUCUGCAAGACACCACACAAUCGCCAGGUUACGCAUCAUGUGUGACAACAAUACAGUCUAGUGGGUGUUGUGUUGUUAUUUUGUCUAUCGUGACGCAGUAUUUUUGGAGGACGAAUUGCCGAUCGUUAUAGAAGUGCACGCCGUUGCGUCUGUCCACGAGGGGUAGCUGUUUGAAACUCGACGUUGCGCUGAGGUGCAUGUGAUAAAAUUCACUUUAUAGUAUUGUACCAGCCUGGAAAGCGGAGAUUUCCACGGACGGAAUAGUGCAGCCGCCAAACUGUACCCAGCAACAGCAUUCUUGCCCAUUCGCAUUUUCUUUCACGUCGGAGCACUCCUAUAAAGAGAUCAAGAAAAGAGAGAAGACGGAGUCCGACGACGGUUGGAGACUGAGUCCUUAUGAAGACCAGGGUGACAACGCCAUUGUAGAUUGUUCCUCUAACUAUGACGGGCAUGGAAGGAAACGGUAUAUUGAAACACGAGAUUCACAACGGAUUGGUACCAAUGAACGGAAAUCAGAAUGGAACCUCUGGAAGGUCAUCGCCAAAUGGUGGCGGUGGCAGUGGGGGUGAUCCAGCACCAGGAAAGCUAUUUGUUGGAGGUCUCAGCUGGCAGACGUCAUCAGAAAAGCUGAAGGAAUAUUUUGGGAUGUUUGGAACUGUUACAGAUGUUUUGAUUAUGAAAGAUCCAGUGACACAGAGGAGCCGUGGCUUUGGUUUCAUCACAUUUGAGGAUCCACAGACUGUUGAGAAAGUGCUCAAAGUACCAAUACACACACUGGAUGGCAAAAAGAUUGAUCCAAAACAUGCUACACCGAAGAACAGGGGCAAAGUCACCAACCGGACCAAGAAAAUAUUUGUAGGUGGUGUGAGCCAAGACACAUCAUCUGAUGAAGUGAAAGCAUAUUUCAAUCAGUUUGGAAAAGUCGAAGAAACUGUAAUGCUGAUGGACCAGCAAACAAAACGUCACAGAGGAUUCGGUUUUGUUACAUUUGAAGAUGAAGACACAGUAGACCGUGUCUGUGAGAUUCACUUCCAUACCAUCAAAAAUAAGAAAGUAGAAUGCAAACGUGCACAGCCUAAAGAAGCUGUUCAAAGUGCUCUACUGGGAAAGAGAGUAGUUUUGGGUCCUCUGGGUGUCCGGGUAGGUGCAGCACCACCUCUAACCCCUGCUGGACAGCUGGCUGCAGCACAGGUUCAUGUACAAGCUGCCGCCCAAGUGCAGAAUGCAGCAGCCCUGGCUGGUUAUGGAAAACUCUUCGGAGCAUACCCAGCACUGGCAAGUUACCGCUAUGCUCCGUAUCCCUUACCAGCUGCCGCAGCCGCUCCUGCUCCGGCUCCUACUACUGCAGCCGCAGCCGCCGCUGCUGCUGCCACACCAGCCCUGGCUCCUCCAACUGCUUUACCAGCCAACCCCUACCAGGGCUACAGUCUGACCAACGUCGAUAUGUCGAGCUUCCAAGGUGUGGACUGGGGGUCCAUGUAUGGAAUGGGAAUGUACGUCUGAAGUGUGCCAUUCCUUGCAAUUUGCUACAGGAGGUUUUGUAAAAUUGUAGUGCGAGUGUGACUUGUGAGCGUCAGCUCCCUAUCCUGUAACCUUUAAUCUUUUUUUUAGAAGAAAUUGUGAAUAGCAAGUGAAUAGUGGUGCCACUUUUGGUCUAGGAAAAAAGUAGAAAAAUUAUUAGUACCCUCCCCCACUCCACCCUACCCAGAUUCCUUCUUGUUACAGGCACAAUAUUGCAUGCUCGCUUGCUCACAAUACUGUUCCAACAUGGACUGAUGAGCAUCCCUAGCAUUAAGCAAUAACUUGCAAUAAGCAGUAUUAUUGUCGUCUUGAUAAACAUCUUCCUCUGUAACUCAUUCAGAUGGAGAAUCCUCCUAUGGAACACUGUCUGCAUGCAAGGCAAAGCCCAAAAUUUGAUAUCAGCACUGUAACGGAGGAGUGAUGUCUUCUGAUAUGAAAGUGACAGCAGCCCACAUAUUAUGGGCUGUAACAUAACUCUUAUUAAAGGCUGCUUUUCAGUGUCAAAUUGCGUUUAGGGUCUGGUAUGUGCAAUGGUAAUUAAUUGCCAUCGCUAAAUUUGAUAGGAAAAAUAACUAUCUUUUGAGUAAAAAUUAAAAUUCCAUCGUGAUAGAUUCUUCCAUUUGAGAAGUAUUAACAGAUCUUGAGAAGUCUUUGUUCUUUGUUGCCACUUUAAAGAGGCACAGUGGCAUAACAACAAAGUAUAUGCAUUUACCUGUGGGGGCAUGUUUUGAAAUUUCUUUGAAACUUUUGUGCCAGCAAAAACUUAAAUCCUGUUGAUCCAACAGCUGCAGCUUAUAAAUCUUGCUAAAUGAGACUGUUUCCCUUGAAAGAACUGCAAGUUGCAGUAUCUAGUCAGGAGGCUGAAGUGGCCUCGCACUUCCCACAUUAUCUCUCAUCUAAGCAUAAGUAAUUGUAAUUGUAAUGUGUCCCAUCGAUGUUCCACAGUGAAUUUAGUGUAGAAUAGUUCUAUUCGAGGACUGAGUAUUAUUUAUGUACCAACCGAAAUUGUUUGUUGUUCAAAUGUAAAAAAAUCUUACAUACGUACAUUUGUUCAUUCACCUGUCAACAUUCCAUAGUUCAUGUACCAUGUCAAAAUUACAUGAGGGACUUGUGUAUCUCUCAUUAUUAUGCAUCGAUUUUUCAACAUGUGAGAUUUGCGGACCAAUAAUUAACAGGAGCUCCGACUGUUCCUGCAGUGAAACUAAGAGCAUGUAUGCUGCCUUUUUAUUACUCCCCUGGGAGUAAUUUCUCCAUGCUGUCUGUUCCCCAGGGCAGGUAUUGGAAAUGUUACUAGUUGCUUUAAGGUUACUAAUAUUUAUUUGUAAGAAUAUAUUUUAUUUUCCUGUGUUCAUUUUUUAAAUUUUUUUUUAAGUAUGUGGUUAAGAGAUGUCGCCAAAUUGAAAAGCGGAAUAACUACUUUAAGUUCCUACCAUUUUGUUUUUACUGAACUGAUGUUUGAUGUUCCCAGUGCUUGUAGGGUUUGCUCUUAGUUUCGCCUGCAUCAUAAGAUGACAGUGGAAAUUGUAGGCAUAAUUUGAAAUGCCUGCAGGUCACAAAUGUAUGGUCACAAGUGUGCUUUGCCUCUAUAGAGGUUAAAAUUUUUUUGAGUGUUAAAUCCUUUUGUAAUACUGUAGAUACAACUGCCUACAUGAAAAUCAGGAACUGCAGGUAUUAUUACUCUGUGUAUACAUGAUAGUCUUUCCCAACUCUGAAGUACUUUUUGAACAUUCUCUGCAAAACCCAAGACAUGGACUUCUGCAGCCCAUGAUCACGGUUAUAGGAAAACUUACGAGCAAUUUUGGUUUAACUUAAAACUUCAUUUGUUAGCUUUACAGGUGUAGAUAAACAAUGUAAUACAUUGUUUUCUGUGUCAGGUUGUGUUGUGAUGAUAUGUAUGUUCUCUUGCAAAGUGUGACCAGUAAUGUAAUUUGUUCUUUAACGGAAAAAAAGCGUUCUGUAUGUUCUUUUGUAGUGAUAAUUCAAAGACUGAGGCAGGUGUUUCUUACGAAUAUAUGUAUAGUUGAAGUUUUUGUUUGUAUCCUAGAAUGGAUGUAAGACUGGAUGCUAAUCAAGCAGCCAGCUUUCAUAGGGUAAGAUAAAGGGUUUUCGCAGAGAAUUAAUCCCAAGCAGAAGGGAGAUAUGAGUGCAUUUGUGAUAUAAUUUAUAAGCUUGUUAAGCUUAACAAGUAAUUUAAUUUAUCAUUAAAAAUUAAAUUUAUUUUGCAUGGUGCCAUUUACCAUGCUCAUAACUCCGAUAUUAAUGGUUAUAUCUACUCUUUGUUCAUAUGUUCCUUUUGCUUGGGUGACAAUACCCUUUUAUAAUAUUAAAACAGCAAUAAGUGUUUUAAGGAAAGAAAGGAUGAAACCCUCUAUUUUUGUAUUUAAUUCUAAAUGAUAAGAGCAAAUAAAGUUUGUAUUUUUUCUUUGAAAGUCUCUCUUGUGGUGUUCAUGCAGGCACCACAAUGAAGGAAAAUAUUUUAAAAGAGAGGGUUGGUCUGAAAACAGAAAAAACAACAAAAAACAGAACUAUGUACUCCUUAUCCUUACUUCUACUAGUUAUUUCUGUUUUUGGUGGUUUGUCGUAUUUUAAAAGUUGUAGUAAUAAGUACACUUUACUAGUUCCUUAGUGUUAGAUGUUUUUUGUAGUCUGUGUGUAGUAGUAGUGGGGCUGGAUGGACUGCCAUCUGGUAGCAAAUACUUGCACUUGUAGAGCAGUUCUGAAUAAAGUAGUUUCAUAGUAGACCAGCUGCUUGAUGGUAUUAUUCCUUACUUGUAUUUUUGCUUGGUUGGCCUGGAACUUAACUGUUUUCAGCUUUGGAAGUUGGGGGAGAGAGUGGUUGAAAGGAGUUACUGCUAUUAACCAAUCACUGCUUUACUGUGAUGUUGUGACAGAAGUCAUUGCCUACACUCCUUCUAUGUGUAUGGCAUUAGUGUUUUUGCAGCUGAGGACGACCAGUUGUAGCUCCCCAAAAACGUGUGUAAUAAAAUACAUUGGUUCAGUGCCUUACAAAGAUGUACUGACAAAUAUGCAUGGCAUCGAUUAUAGGGUCAGAUCCUCAGUGCAAUUAAGCUAUGACCUCCAUCUCUGUGUAAAACCUGCAUCCUGUUGUAACUAAUCUUUUGUGUAGGUUUUGAAGUGCGGAGCAUGCCUAACAUGGAUCUGAAACUAAUGUGUAUUUGUUUCUCACAUGCAGCCUCAAAACAAUAUCCCUGUUGUGACUUCACUCAGUGCUUAAAAGAAAUCGUGCAGUGUCUUCGUAAAUUGCCUGUUGCUGAGAUGUGCUCAGGGAUAACAGCAGGCAUGUGCUAAUCCUGGAGUAGAUGCCUCUUGUUAAUCCUGAUAAAACUCCUUGAAACACUCAACUCCAACAAAAUUUUUAAAUUUUUCACUGGAUGCACUCGGCAACUGUAGUUUCCUAUCAAGUUUUUUGGUGUGCGAGAAUUAAUUUAUUGACGGAUGGCGUGUACCGCAGUUGGAUCUCGACACGGAGUUUGCACUCAGUUUUAACAUAAAAUAAUUUGAGUAUCCCUGGUGUCAUGUGUGCGUUGUUCACUGUACUGAUAGUAGCUGUACUUUGUUUUUCAAGCCUUGUCAUUUCGGGGAUAGUUUUGUUUUCCUUUGUGUGCGUACUGCUUUUAGUUUUACAAAACCUCACUAAACCUGGCUUCCAAAUACUUGCGUUUGGCAAAUAGGGGUUCUCCCUGUAAAAUAGUAGACCCGAGUAUUGCCAGCAAAAUAUGCAGUGUAUGUAUUGAUGGUAGCAUGUAUAAUAAACGCAGGGAAGGGGAUUACAAUUGCAGUAUGGGUACUGCUGUACUUAAACAUUCAUUUACCCUACACGGUAGCUGAGGGUAAAAACUAAGUGUGACAGUAUUCAGCACUUAACGUUUUUUGUUAAGUGCUUCAAACACUUUUCUUGCACCUUCUCAUAUAUAUUUUUUUCUAGCACAAUGAAUUUUUGUUAUUGCUGCUCCCAUUAUUGCUGGAAAUCCUGUAGAGCACUUUAAUUAAAUUUUUGAUAUGCUUUUAUGUUUUUUUAAAGAGUACAGAUUUCUGAUUAUUUGAAGUAUGACUUGCUCACAACUUACUCGGUUAUUAGGUUAGUUUAUUAAAUGGAGUACAACAAUGGGCAAUCAAGAAGUUAAGCUUCAUACAUGCUAACCUGCAUAUCAAGAGCAGGUCUUACAAUGCUACGUUGAUGUGCACGACCAGAGAAGCUUUUGGACUGCUGUACUUAUCAAGCUCAUUAGUAAGAGCACAGCUUCUACAUCCAUAUUUAGUAGAAGUGAGUGUAAUUUUCAUAACAGUCUCAAAAUGCCAGCCUGAGUUUUUGGCUACUGCGUAACAAAGAGCGCUCAUUGUUUGCAUGAGAGACUGCUAUACAAGAAAUGGGGGUGUGGGAUGUUGUUGGUGGUUAAGUAAUAAGCUUCAGCUCGUAAAACAGAAGAGAACUGUUGUGAACGACUGUUAAAUUGUCAGAAUUUCACUGCUGUUUGUUGUGCAUGUCAGCGUAGUAAUAGAUCUCAUUUAGGCUGUUAGGAAAUACAUAAAUAUCUAGUAUUACCUGUUAAGUGUAGUUUGUAGUGAAUCGGAAGUAUUCUGCAGUUAUAGUUGAGCUACACAGAGGCUUGAAUAAUUAAAGCUUAGAAAUUGAUUUGUGUAGAAUGAAAAAUUCUCAUGGAACACGCAACUCGAUAUACAUAACAAAAUGAUAAAAGUUCAAAAGUGUUCACUGGAUGUGCUGAUCUGGGGAAAAAACACGAAGUACUCACAUUUAGUGAAGAGGGUACACAGCAGUUGCUGUUGUAGUACCUGGCUUAAGACUGAAAUUUUAAUUUGGGAGUAGUUUAAUACCAAGAGUUCGGCCUAAGAUUAAAAUUUUGUCAUCUUUUAGAUAUAAAAAAUAUCUUGGGACACAAGCUUGUUAAAGGGCCCCAGAAGCAAAUAAUUCCAUGAAAGAUGGAAGAUAUUUAUAAUGACUACAGCAGAAACGUGGUUUGUAUGAAAUCACCUCUGCAAAAAAAAGGGGACACAAAACUUUGGUGUCAGCAGCUAAGUGCAUGUGGCCUAAAAUAGGUGUCCCUGUGUUUCUAGUCUACUACUCUAGUCCAGUAGUCCUUUAAUGUGACAGUACUGUGAUUAUUUUUGAAGGAGUUUUGGAAACAUUAUUGAUAACUUUCUUCAGAUACUGGUGUGCUCAUUGAAUUACACUUUUUGGAGCACAGGCCUUAAAACUGCAACUUUCAACUAACACAGAUAUUUAUUUUAUCCGGUUAGUCUUUACUUAGUUUUAUGAAUACUGUUUGUUCCACACACACCUUUAGAACUGUGGUAGCUGAAAUCUUAAAAAGGAAGUUGAUGUGUGUAAAAUCAGAAGUGAAAAAUGUGUAAAGUCUUCCAAGAGGCUUGUGAGCAAUGCAACACACCACCUUCUGAAGGCACUUUGCUGUGAAGGCAACCUACGUAGAAAUAGUCUGUUGAUGCGUUACAACCUUUAAAAAGAAAACUGUCUUGUGAUUGUAUACUAAAAUGUGAUAUCUGAUGUUGAUAUUUUAGAUCAUAUACAUAUCCCAUGCAAUACCUACUUUAACUCUUGAACCUGUUGUGUACAAAUUGUGAAUGUUUUAAUGUUAAUUCGAGACCAUAAGUGCUGUAUUCAAUCCUGUCUUCCUAAAAUUGUACUGCAAAUAAUUGAGGUGGGACCAUAAUUAGAAUGCCCUUGAUAAUUUCUCACUUAACAGAAAUACCACUUAAACUAAGUAAUAUUUAAUUUUUUAAUACAUAUAUUAAAUGACAUUCAUCUCUAAAGUAUUAAACCCAGACUGGCACAUAACUUGUCAUAGAGAGAACUGUAUUAGUGUAAUAGUUAAUGAGCAGUAAUUUUAGAAGGUGGAUAUAGUGAUGUUUCGUAUCUAAAUGCAUGGUGCACGACUUAAUACUAGGUGUCCUCAGUAGCCAGCAGACCUUGGUCCUGCCUAUCCCCACCAACUGAACAGUUGUACAGGUGCAUCACAUCUGCAGUGUCUUCAGUCAGCUUUAUCAUUUUUUCAGGUGAGUGAAUGUAUACAUAAAUAUAUACGUAUUACAUGUAAAACACACGCUUUCACAGAGAAACAACAUGGCAGUUAUUUUCAACAUUUUUGUAUUGGAAUGAAAUGCACUAGAAGUUGUUACUUAUUGGAAAAUCCUUGCAACGAUUGGGUUGAAGUACUUAAGCAAUCAUUAUUACGGUUUCAUUGUGAAAUAGCCAUACCACUCAUGAGAGAAUAAAGGACAAUUUUAAGAUUGUUAGCUUACACAUUUUUACUGUUCUACAACCCGAGACACAGUUUUGUUAGAUCUUGAAGCAGUUUGUGGGAUUUUUUGUUCUUGCAUGAAUAUUUUAUGACCUGCACGAUUAAUUUCAUGACUGGAUUUAAAUGCUCAUAAGUAAUAGGAUGAUGCUUACAAGCACACUAUUGGGAGUCUUUUUCUUCAAUCUUUCAUUUCUGCACUACAGAUUUUGACCUCACAUCGCAUAAAUAAUUCACCUAUGUAUGUACAUAUGAAGAAUCAUAUUUUUGUUUUAUACAGGUGAAAUACUGUUUGUGCUCGACAAUAUUCUGGUUCGGAGGAGUAUUUUAUGUUAACACUAUAAUAGCAUUAGCACUAUUGUGCUCGCUAGCUAGAUGGUUGCUCAGUGAUACUGUGGAUGACACUAAUGUAUGAUGAGUACAACGUGCUGGACUUUUGUGUAUCUGUUGACAGCAUUUUGUAAAAUUUAUCAGUAUGAAGAAAAUAUUAUUUGAAAUAAUUCUAUGUAAUGUUCUAAAAUUAAUUAAAUGGGAGUUUUCGCAG